AUGCAAACACAAGAGUUAGUGAAUAUGCAAGGGGGUGGGGAAGAUGAUGUGAUGGGUGAUGCAGUUGAGCCACAAGCUGAGGAAGUAGUAAUGAUUAAUGAAGUUGAGGAAGUGGGGAGGGUUAAUGAAUCUGAGGAAGCGGUGAGGGUUGAUGAAGGUGAGGAACUGGGGUUGAAGGUGAAGGUAGCAGUGUUGGAUCGCCAAUAG